AUUAUCCCACCUGGGACUCAACUAUACAUUCUUUUUCACCUGUAUAGAUUCAUUCUUUCUGUUAAUCUCUCGGCGUUCUUCCGCAUCUUGUACAAUAAUCUUACAAUCCACUCCUUCCUCACCACUCAAUCACCUGUUACAACCAUAAUCAUGACGGACAGCCACCCAGACGCAACAGACACAGCGCAAAAGAAGCUCUUCGCGCACCAGUUUCAAACCCCAGCAGCACCAGCAACAGCAUCCAGCUCCACGCAAUCGCCCAAAGUGCCAGUAAAUGAAAAGAGCACAACCGGCGAACACAUCCCACCAGGAUACACCAAGCUGCCAAACGGCGUGAUUCUCGACAGAGAAGGGAAACCAUGCCGCCUCUGCACCUCCGCCGCCUCCUGGCGCGCCAUAACCCAAAAAGCCAAAGCCCAAAGUCAAACCCAAGCGCCGAACACCACCAUGAAACAAGCCCCCACGAACACUCCCGCACAAAAACCCGAAUGCCCACCAGACGUGGAAGAACUCGGCCGCUCAACAUGGACAUUACUGCACUCGCUGACGGCAGCGUACCCGGCGCAAGCGACAGCGGCACAGCAGACGGAGAUGCGCACGUUUCUGGGCCUCUUCUCGCGGCUGUACCCGUGCUGGGUGUGCGCGGGCGACUUCCGGGCGUGGAUGGGCACGCCCCAGAAUGAGCCGCGGCUGGCCACGCGCCAGGAGUUCGGGGACUGGAUGUGUCAGGCCCAUAACGAGGUGAACCGGAAGCUGGGGAAGAAGGAGUUCGAUUGUCGGCUUUGGGAGGAGCGGUGGCGGACGGGUUGGAAGGAUGGACGUUGUGAUUGAGCUUUUGGAUCUCGAUUCCUUGGAAGUUGACUUGGUUUGUAUGUACAGUACAUUAUGUGAGGUGUGUGGUUAUGGUGGUUGGACUGGACUGUCCUUGUAUACUCUCUUGUGGGCUGAUCGUGCAUAGCAUGGCUUUUCCAUUCGCCGAAGUCUCUACUCUUUUUUUUUUCUUUUUUUUUGAUGAAGUUAUUGCCAGGAGGAUUUAUAUAGAUACCAUCUCUCCUCGUUCCUUCUGCUUGUUCAUCUCUUUUUACCAUAGUUGGAAAAUAUGG